AGUUCCAGAGCAUGAACAUCAACACCUACAUUCGCACGGAGGAGGAACAAAAGGAGCCUCUGAUAAACGUCGAUUCUCCUGUUUACAAGCUUGGCCUCCGACUGGAAUCGAUUAAAGUAAAGCUGGUCAACUGUCACUUCCACGACAGAUGGCUUGCAAGCGGCAUCGAUGGUGACGUUGCUGCAGCCCGCGCUCACGCACAGUCGUACAUGCGUUCGAUCCGUAUUUGGGUGAGCAGCGUGCUUCUACAGGGUUUAUCCGAUAGCCGCACUCCUCAUGAGAAGGCAAAAAUCGUCGAUGCCUUCUUUCAGAGUUACGAGGAUGACGUGGCUAAGAAUCCGAGAGACCACGGCGUUGACUACAUUGUUGCCUACCUUCGUCUAAAAAAGCUGGAAUAAUAUAUUAUAAACUAGAGCACUCGGAGAGCGCAGACCUCCGCCAAGGCAGCUCAAUUUUCUCACUGUGAAAAUUUUAAUUAAUUAAUUAAUUAAUUCAAUAAUUAAUUGGAUCUGGAU